UAUUUUAGUCUAAAGUUGCAAAUAGUUAAAAAUGCUCUAAGGUACCCAAAAAAACCCAUUUAGCAAAGCAGUCCUUAAAAGCCAAAACCCUAGCCUCCACCACUCUCUCGCGUUCUAUUCCCUUUUCUCUCGCCGCGCAGCUCCAACCUUGUCACACGAGAAUAAUCAGAAAUGAGUCGAGGGAGUGCACCAGGUCCCAAGGGGAAGAAGAAGGGAGUGACAUUUACCAUCGACUGUGCAAAGCCAGUGGAGGAUAAGAUCAUGGACAUUGCAUCUCUGGAGAAGUUUCUCCAGGACAGGAUCAAGGUUGGAGGCAAGGCUGGUGCUCUUGGUGACAUUGUUGCUGUCACCCGUGAGAAGAACAAGAUCACUGUUACUUCUGAUAGUAACUUCUCGAAGCGGUAUCUGAAGUACCUGACCAAAAAGUACCUGAAGAAACACAAUGUGCGGGAUUGGCUCCGUGUGAUAGCUUCCAACAAAGAUAGAAAUGUCUAUGAACUUAGGUACUUCAACAUUGCCGAGAACGAAGGAGAGGAGGAAGACUGAUAAGUUUAAAUCAGAUUAGUUGUUAAGAACUUCAUUUACCUUGUUCUGAUUUGGAGCUUUCCUUUUUUGUUUGCUGUCUUGCCUCUGUGAUGCUGCUUCUUGUUUAAACUGAUGCUUUUAACAAUUUUGUUUCUUAAAUUAGAGAUCUUGAAUUAUUCCAACUGUUGGAUUGGUAAUAUAGAAGGUCUUAUUCGUGGGUGA